UUACAAUUAAGGCAAAAUAGGAGACUGAAAUUGUAUUUAAUUUAACUCAAAUAAAAAUAUAAUAAUAUCUUGAACCUUGAAGAGCGAAGGGUAGCAUUGCAGUGGCACAGUAGUGAGAAUUUGGUGGUUAUGGUUGGUGGCAGUUUGAAGGCGGCAAUGUUAAUGUCGUCGUUAAGCCACGUGCGUCCGCUAACAUACGCAUCAUCGCGACUAGUUCCUCAACCACACGACCUCAUCAAAUGGGUAACAAGAGAAGGUGGUUUCGUUCACCGCGCGGUGAAGAUAUCACAAUUCGACUCUUCCAACGGUCUAGGGUUAAUCGUUAACGAAGAAAUCCCAAUCGGCACUGACCUAAUUGUUCUACCUCAACAUAUUCCUUUACACUUCACCGAUUCCGACUCUCUCCUACUUCAAUUCGCCAACCACGUUCCCGAUGAACUAUGGGCAAUGAAACUAGGUUUGAAGCUUCUUCAUGAAAGGGCCAAACUUGGGUCUUUUUGGUGGCCAUAUAUAAGUAAUCUUCCAGAGUCUUACACUGUUCCUAUUUUCUUUCCUGGGGAAGAUAUUAAGAAUUUGCAGUACGCUCCUCUUCUUCACCAGGUAAACAAAAGAUGCCGGUUUCUUCUUGAUUUCGAGCAACAAGUCAAGCGUGCACUAGUUGGUCUUGCACCAGAUAAACAUCCUUUUGGUGGCCAAGAAGUAGAUGCGUCGUCUCUUGGAUGGGCAAUGUCAGCAGUCUCGUCUAGAGCAUUCCGGUUACAUGGUAACAAGCAAUCAAAUGGGAUAAACUUUGACAUACCCAUGAUGCUCCCUCUAAUUGACAUGUGUAAUCAUAGUUUCAAUCCGAAUGCUAGAAUUGUUCAGGAACAAGAGGCCGGUAGCACAAAGAUGCGGGUGAAGGUUGUGGCUGAGAAAGCAAUCAAAGAAGAUGACCCUUUAUUACUUUGUUAUGGAUGUUUAAGCAACGAUCUUUUCCUUCUUGAUUAUGGUUUUGUGAUACAUUCAAACCCUUAUGACUGUAUCGAGCUCAAAUAUGAUGGCGCUCUUUUGGAUGCUGCAAGUAUUGCAGCUGGAGUUUCUUCACCAAAAUUCUCCACACCUGCUCCGUGGCAGCAACUUAUUUUAUCUCAGCUAAAUCUAGCUGGAGAAGCUCCAGAUCUUAAGGUGAGUGUAGGUGGUCAAGAAAUAAUAGAAGGGCGCUUGUUAGCUGCACUGAGAGUACUCCUUACAAGUGAUAUGGAAACUGUUCAAAAGUAUGACCUCAACACACUCAAGUCUUUAGAUGCUGAGGCUCCACUUGGUGUUGCAAACGACAUUGCAGUAUUUCGUACUCUGAUUGCUCUGUGUGUCAUUGCACUGGGACACUUUCCCACCAAGUUAAUGGAUGAUGAAUCUUUAUUGAAGCAGGGUGCUUCAGGUUCAACAGAACUAGCCAUUCAAUUCAGAAUCCAAAAGAAGUCUGUAAUUAUAGAUGUAAUGAAAAAUCUCUCAAGGAGGGUAAAGCUUCUUUCAUCAAAGGAGACAGUGACUGCUGAAAGCUAAGUGGUAUUGAACACUUGCUGUCAUGAAUCUCAUCCUAUCAAUCUCUGACAGUUUUCCCUUUUCUCUUUCUCCCUUGAAUAUUCUCAUAUCGCCUUUGCUUCAAUGCCUUUUUGUUUUAUCUUAGGGUAUGAAUCCUCUCAUGUCUUGUAAUGUGAAUUGUUUUGAUAUCUCUCUACAUAGAUAUAUCAAAAUGAGUAAGACCAUAUUUAAAACUUAAAAGUUAGAGAGUUUCUAGAUACAUUCACAACUUGAAGGGUUUUGGUACAUUUAUUCUAUAAAUCAA